UCAAUCUCACCACAAGAGUAAGGGGCCCCAAUCUCUGUCUUCAGUGUCAUGGCGUUUCAAUUUUGUUCUGCCAUGGCAGUUGGUGUCUUCCCCAACUUCGUCAAAUUUCUGAAUCCUCAGAGUCCCGCAUUGAGGUUCUCAUCGAAUAGGAAAUCUGUUUUGGCGCGAAGCUCCAACACCCAGGAGCUCUCUUCCGGUGCUUCUCUCUCCCUCAAAGAAAAUAACUCCUUCUCAGGGAAGCCCGAAGCUGAUGUUGUUGUCAUUGGCAGUGGUAUAGGUGGACUCAGCUGUGCAUCACUUUUGGCUAGAUACGGACAAGAUGUGCUGGUGCUAGAAAGCCAUGACCUACCUGGUGGUGCUGCCCAUUCUUUCGAUAUCAAAGGGUAUAAGUUUGAUUCUGGGCCAUCUCUAUUCUCUGGGUUGCAAUCAAGGGGUCCUCAGGCGAAUCCUCUUGCUCAGGUUCUGGAUGCAUUGGGUGAGUCUCUUCCAUGUGCCACUUAUGAUUCAUGGAUGGUUUACAUCCCUGAAGGUGAAUUCCUGUCACGCAUAGGACCUACAGAAUUUUUCAAGGACCUUGAGAGGUAUGCAAGUCCCAAUGCUGUGAAAGAAUGGAAGAAACUUCUUGAUGCUAUACUUCCAUUGUCUGCAGCUGCAAUGGCUCUUCCUCCUCUAUCUAUUCGAGGAGAUUUGGGUGUUCUUUCCACUGCAGGAGCUAGAUAUGCUCCUUCUCUCUUAAAAUCUAUUAUUCAGAUGGGACCUCAAGGUGCUAUUGGUGCAAUGAAACUUCUUAGACCAUUCUCAGAAAUAAUUGAUUCAUUAGAGCUGAAAGACACUUUCAUAAGGAACUGGGUUGAUCUCUUGUCAUUCUUGCUAGCUGGGGUGAAAUCUAAUGGUAUACUCUCAGCAGAGAUGAUUUACAUGUUCGCAGAAUGGUACAAACCAGGAUGUUGUCUUGAAUAUCCAAUUGAUGGAAGUGCUGCUAUUGUAGAUGCCCUUGUACGAGGACUUAAGAAGUUUGGUGGAAGGCUUUCUCUUGAAAGUCAUGUGGAAAAUAUUGUAGUUGAGAAGGACAGAGCCAUUGGAGUCAAGCUGAGAAGUGGUCAGUUCAUACGUGCUAGAAAGGCUGUGGUCAGCAAUGCAUCAAUGUGGGACACUUUAAAAUUGCUGCCUAAGGAAGUUGUUCCUAAGUCAUACUCUGACAGGAUUAACUCAACUCCUCAAUGUGAAUCAUUCAUGCAUCUCCAUUUAGGAUUUGAUGCCGAGGGUAUACGUAAGGAUCUGGGAAUUCAUCACAUAGUUGUAAAUGAAUGGGAAAGAGGAGUUGAUGCUGAUCAGAAUGUUGUGUUGAUCUCGGUACCUAGUGUGCUGAGUCCUAAUCUGGCGCCACCAGGGAAACAUGUAUUGCAUGCUUAUAUGCCUGGAACUGAACCGUUUGCUUUGUGGGAAGGGCUUGAUCGCAGGAGUGCUGAAUACAGAGAUCUCAAAGCUGCAAGGUCAGAGGUAAUGUGGAGAGCUGUGGAACGCGCUCUUGGUCCGGGUUUUAGGCGGGACAAGUGUGAAGUAAAGUUGGUGGGAAGUCCUCUAACACAUCGAAGGUUUCUUAGGAGGAACAGAGGGACAUAUGGACCAGCUAUAGAAGCUGGUAAAGGUACCUUUCCUGGACAUUCAACCCCUAUACCACAGCUUUAUUGUUGUGGAGACUCCACCUUUCCUGGCAUUGGAGUCCCGGCAGUUGCUGCUAGUGGUGCCAUUGUCGCAAAUUCGUUGGUCUCGGUGUCUCAACAUUCAGAGUUGCUUGAUGCAAUUGGAAUAUGAAAUCAUCUUUGAGCAAAGUUUCAACUCCUUAAGCAUUACUUCAUCUCAAAAUGUUGUAUAGGCCAGCAAUCAUUUGCUCUUACAAUCUAUCAAUGAAGUUUUUUUAUUGUGCCAUCAUUUUCCCUUCUUUUUUCACAUGUUGUACUAUUGAUGUAUUUAUGUACACCCUAUGGGUGCUGCUGUACAUUCCUAAUUGGCUAAGCUGUCUAUAGGAAAGGCCAAAAAGAAAGUUGUUCUCGA